AUGUCUGUGGGCCCUCAUGAAGUAGACGUUCCGAUCACAGAUCUAGAUGCCAGGGAUGAUAACUUCCGUGAAUCUGAAGAUGGCUGGCCAAGUUUGGACGAAAUCAAUGACCCGCUCGACAUCUCAGAGGAAGAUCUGCCUCAUCGCUUCGACCAAGGUGUAAAGGGCCUUGUGCAAUCAGUGUGGAGUAAAUUCAGCCCUGCAAACACCACAAAUAAAUACCAGAACAUUAGCUCCGCAAGCUCGGACCCUCAAUUUUUCUCUGAUGACGAGGACAGCGACUUGACUCCUAAUGUUCAAUUGAGAGAGUAUACAAUCCGAAGACUCAACCAGCGUCUUUACACAACUGUGAUAAUACUUGUUUGUACUUUCUCAGCCGUAAUCCUUCUUUUGUUCAUUCCUCGUUCUGCUAGGGAUAACGGAGACGAUUCGGGUUACACCAGCCUGGUCUCCAAACGUAUUCUAUCAAACAGCACUCAUAAUUUCCACCCAACUACGAUCAUAGUGUCACUAGAUGGAUUUCAUCCACACUAUAUCAAUUCAAGCAACUGUCCCUCCAUGCACGAGAUGCUUUCCGAUGGCUUUGCUGCUCCUUACAUGACCCCUCUGUUUCCUUCAUCCACCUUCCCUAAUCACUGGACACUUGUCACAGGUCUAUACCCAUCUGAACAUGGAAUUGUUGGAAACACAUUCUACGAUCCAAAGUUGAAGUCCAGAUUUAUAAAUGUUGACCCGAAGCUGGGCUUAAAUCCUAAAUUUUGGGAGGGCGGUGAACCCAUCUGGCUUACAGCUGCCAAGCAGGGCGUAAAUUCGGCGGUGCACAUGUGGCCUGGAAGUGAAGUGCCCCUCGCGACUGAGCACAAGCCCCUCUUUGUUGAUAAGUUCAACAAGUCUGAGGUUCUUUCGAACAAAGUAGACCGCACCAUGCAAUGGUUAGAUGUAGAGGACAUUUCUGAGCGCCCUGAGCUUAUAUUAACUUACGUUCCUACUGUUGAUACCUUCGGUCACAAGUUUGGCAUCAGUGGCGAGGAGUUAACAGAAGCAAUCCGUAAUGUCGAUGACUUUGUCGCGCUCAUGCGGCAACGAUUGACCGAAAGAAAUCUUGAUGAUAUCGUGAAUCUAGUCAUCGUCAGUGACCAUGGUAUGGCACCUACCUCCAAAGAUCGUCUCAUGUUUAUUGAUGACUUGAUAGACCUCGAUAAAAUAGCACCAUUGGAUGGCUGGCCACUCAUGGGUAUUCGACCACGCGAGGGCUAUUCUGAUGAUGAGAUCUUCGAAGAGAUUCAGCAUAAUCUACUGAAACAGCCAGAAAACAUGCGUGAUAGUUUUAAACUAUACAGGGUUGGUGACCUUCCCAAAGAAUGGCACUUCGGAGGAGACAAGGAUGAGUUUCGAUUUAAUUACAGACUUGCGCCUUUGUGGAUCAUUCCUGAUGUUGGUUACCUAAUGACAACGCGUGAAAUCUUCAAAAAUAAUAAUGAGCAGGUCAAGCCUGCUGGGGUUCAUGGGUACAACAAUACGCAUGUGUUGAUGCGGGCUAUUUUCCUCGGACAAGGCCCUUACUUCAAAGAGAAGCUUGGCCAGAGCAAGAAGGUCUUGCCAUUUACUAACUUGAAUGUGUACAACAUCAUUUGUGAUGGUCUCGAUCUUCAGCCAAGUCCAAACAACGGCAGUUCUGUCUCAAGUUCCGAAUUCCCACUCAGUUCGGAAAAUUUACUUCCGACCACUUGGGGUGACAGCACACUGUACCCAAAUCUACCCUUUGAGGUUGAGCAUGUGGUUGCGAACGCAACGUACGACAACUUGUGGCGACAACACGACAUUGGUGCUUCAUCGGAUGCCACCCAAGAGGUGGGCGCCGCAGGUUCAGAAAGCGCCGAAAAUUUUUCGACAAUGGAGCUUUCCGAUUAUUCCAGUCUGACACUUAUCUCAUUGUACCUGCCUGCCCAAAGUGACCCUGCUACCUCGACAGUUAUUUCCAGUUCGACUAGUGCACCAGGUCUAUUCGGGGAAAUAGGCGAGUUAUUGGGGGAGGGCAUUGAUUUUGUUGACGAUGGACUCGAAAUAAUCGGAUCUGAAAUAGAAAGCGGCCUCGAUUAUGUCAAUGGUGUUGUGGGAGACUGGCUUGGAAACUCAGGCUCAGAGUCUAGCUAG